GAGUAUAAAAGCCAUAUGACACACUCAGGACAGUCCACUCUGAGGAAUCAUGAUUAAAGUGGGUCUUGUCCUGCUGUUUGCUGCCUAUGCUUACGGGUGUGGCACACCCAUCCAUAAGCCCCUGGGCCGUGUUGUCAACGGGGAAGAUGCUGUUCCCUACAGCUGGCCCUGGCAGAUUUCUCUGCAGUAUCUCAGCGGCUCCACGUACCGUCACACCUGUGGAGGCACUCUGCUCAGUCCCAACUGGGUCGUGACUGCUGGACACUGCAUCGGACCUCGUACCUACCGUGUGGUGAUGGGCGAGUACGACCUCACCAAGGAGGAAGGCUAUGAGCAGAUUCGAAGUGUCGAGAAGAUAGUGGUUCAUCCCGGCUGGGACGAUAACUGCCUGUCCUGUGGUAAUGACAUUGCGAUGAUCAAACUGGCCUCACCUGUCGUUCUGAACGACAAGGUGCAGCCCUCCUGUGUGCCAGAGAGCGGAGAGAUCAUUCCUCACAACGGCGCCUGCUACAUCACCGGCUGGGGAAGACUGUACAGCGGUGGUCCCAUCGCCUCCAAGCUCCAGCAGGCUCUCCUUCCUGUGGUUGGCCACAGCGUCUGCAGCACCAGCAGCUGGUGGGGGAGCACUGUGAAGCCCACAAUGAUCUGUGCUGGUGGUGACAUCCGCUCUGGCUGCCACGGAGAUUCAGGAGGCCCUCUGAACUGCCUGGGUAGUGAUAACCGGUGGUACGUGCAGGGCGUGACCAGCUUCGUCUCCUCCAGAGGAUGCAACACCCUCAUGAAGCCCACAGUGUUCACACGCACCUCCUCCUUCACCAAGUGGAUCGCUGACACUUUGCUGCAGUACUGAAGACCUGCAUGGAGCCUUUUUAUUGUCAAUAAAUCCAGUUCAUCAACAA